UGGAGGUGGAGGACAGGGUUUGCCCAACAGACGCUGGACAGGGAGGUUUGAGUCCACGCCUUUUUUUUUUAUUAUUAUUAUUUACCGCUGUGUGUUUUGUCUUAUCAUACAGACACACACCAUCAAGUCGCUAAAGGAUUUCCCAUGGCGACGGCCACUUUAUGUACACACGCUGCCUUUUUUCUUCUGCUGCUGCUUCAUUUCCUGGCUGCAUCACCCAUCACUCAGGAUGACCUUCUGAUUAAUACUAAGCAUGGGAAAGUUCAAGGGAAGUUGGUGCCAGUGCUGGGCGGCCAUGUCAGAACAUUUCUUGGAAUUCCUUAUGGAAAACCACCUCUGGGAAAGUUGAGAUUCAAAGCUCCAGAGCCGGCAGAGAAAUGGGAAAGGGUGAGAGAAGCCACUACAUUCCCAGCUUCCUGCCACCAGAACGAAGACGUAACAUUUCCAGGGUUCAAAGGUGCAGAGAUGUGGAACCCAAACACUCCUCAGAGUGAGGACUGUCUGUACCUAAAUGUCUGGACCCCACAUUUCAAUAAAACCCAGACACCGCCCCCACCGCUCGCUCCAGUUCUCGUCUGGAUCUAUGGUGGUGGAUUCCUGACUGGAACAAGCUCUCUGGAUGUUUAUGAUGGCCGCCUCUUGAGUAAAUCAGAAGGUGUUGUUGUAGUGUCAAUGAAUUACAGAGUUGGAGUUUUUGGUUUCCUGUCUCUUCCUGACAACAAGAACAUCCAAGGCAAUGCUGGUCUACUGGACCAGCGCUUAGCGGUCCAAUGGGUCGCCGAUAAUAUUGCUGCUUUUGGAGGGGAUCCUUCAAAGGUGACUCUGUUUGGGGAGAGUGCCGGGGCAGCAUCAGUAGGCCUUCACCUCUUGUCCCCAGGGAGCCAUCGUCUUUUUCACAGAGCUGUGAUGGAGAGUGGCUCUCCCACUGCACCGUGGGCCAUGGUUAGUCGGACUGAGUCCUGGAGCAGGGCCCUAAGUCUAGCGAAAUCACUGGGGUGUCCCACGUCCAACUCAGCUAAACUGGAGGCUUGUUUGCAACAAGUGGAUACUGGAAAAAUCUCAUCGGCUAUCUCACAACCUUUUAUCCCUAUUGUCGAUGGGAACUUCCUCCCGGAUAAACCUGAAGUGCUGUUAAGGACUGGUGAACUCCCAAAGAAAGAUUUGCUGAUUGGUGUAAACAAAGAUGAAGGGACCUACUCGGUGGUUUAUAGCGUGCCUGGAUUUAGCAAUAUCGGUCCCAGUCUCAUAACCAGGAAUCAGUUCCUGCAUGGAGUGAACCUCUCACUGCCAAACGCAAGUCGUGUCGCAAGAGAAGCAGUCAUUUUCCAGUACACUGACUGGACAGAUGUGGACAACAGGGUGAAAAACCGUGACUUCCUGAGUAGUCUGAAUGGAGACUACCUGUUCGAUUGUCCUGUGAUUGAGUUUGCUCAAUGGUAUUCACGACGCGGUGGCAAGACGUUCCUUUAUUUGUUCGAUCACCGGUCAUCUGUCAAUCCUUGGCCAGAAUGGAUGGGCACGAUGCACGGAUAUGAGAUUGAAUUCGUCUUUGGAAUGCCACUGGACGCGUCGCUGGGAUACACGAAGAAUGAAGUGAACAUAACUAAGACGAUUAUGAAGCACUGGACCAACUUUGCCCGGACAGGGGACCCGAAGAUUGAUGGAGCCAACUGGCCGGUGUUCACCACUGAUCAGCAGAACUAUAUCACUCUGAGCUCCAACCCUCCACAACAGAAGACAAUGAUGAAAGCUCAGGAGUGUCAGCUUUGGAACCAAUUAGUAACAACUGUGCAGAGAGUCUCAGAUGAUCUCGAGGCCUGUGUGAAUGCAAGUGGAUUUUUACUCUGUAAUGAGUUACUUCUAAUUUUACUGGUUAUUGGUUUACUGGUUUACUAGAGUGUUGCUUUUGUUCUCAUUAUAAGGUAAAUAAAUGGUCUGAAAUAAUUAAUCACAGUGGAUCUUUACUACUUUUGUUUGACUACUGCAUGUUUUUAAAAUAUACACAGUUUACCACGUUGUAUUCAACAGCAGAAGAUGUUUUUUGUUGUAUUGUUGAAUAAAUAUUACUUGAGUAAUGUUUAAGAACUAUACUUGAAUAGUCAGUCAGGUGAGUAAUUGUCAAUUUUAACUCUACUGUAGUAUGUUUGCAGUAUUUUACAUUAAAAUGGAGUACAAAGUUGUUUUAAACACAAUUGAAAGUCAAGUACUUUAGAACUGCACUUGUGUACAGUUUUUAAAUAAACCUGCCUAUACCACUAAUUACAAUUAUAGAGUGUGUUAUUGACAAAGCAACACAAAUCAUUGCUGUGGCAUGUGUUUGUCUUUUUUUUCCAAACAUGCAUGGAAAGGGAAAAAAAAACUGAAACCUGACGUUUGGGAAAUAUUAAGAAUGUUCUGGAUUUGUAUUCACUGUUUCCCUGAUCAUUAAAGUCUCUCAUGUCAGUUC